UGGAAGAAUGACAUCGCCGAAACGGUAUCAUAAAUACGUCCACCCCCGAGGUUAUCACUGAUCUAGAACACAUCACAAGAGAAAGCGAAAGAAACCAUCAGGAAAAGCAGGGAAUGGCCGGAGGACGAGAAGAACUGAAGCUGCUGGGGACAUGGACGAGCCCAUUUGUGAUCAGAGUGAAGCUUGCGCUCAGCUUCAAGGACCUGAGCUAUGAGAACGUGGAGGAGGAGGACCUCUACCACAACAAGAGCGAGCUGCUCCUCAAGUCCAACCCGGUGCACAAGAAGGUGCCCGUGCUCGUCCACAACGGUAAGCUCGUCUGCGAAUCUCAGCUCAUCGUGCAAUACAUCAACGAGGCCUUCAGCACAGAUGGCCCCUCCCUCCUCCCUGCUGAGCCCUACCAACGCGCCGUCGCUCGCUUCUGGGCCGCCUACAUCGACGACAAGUUGUUUGCCUCGGCGUUUCAAGUCGGUAGAGCCAAGACGGAGGAGAAGGCCGAGGCACUGAAGCAGGCGUUCGCGGCGGUCGAGACCCUGGAGGCAGCCUUCAAGGAGUGCUCCAAGGGGAAGCCCUUCUUCGGUGGUGACAGCGUGGGGUAUUUGGACAUCGUGCUCGGGCCCAUCGUACCGUUGGCUUAUGUCGGCGAGGCACGGUUUGGCAUCAAGCUCUUUGACGGCACCAGAAGCCCGCUCUUGGAGGCAUGGGUGGAGCGCUUCGCCAUGAUGGAUGCCGCCAAGGCAGUCCUUCCAGAGGUCGACAAGCUGAUCGAGUACAGCAAGGCGAAGCAGGCACGAGCUGCAGCUGUGGCCGCAGCGGCAAGGAACGUGGGUGCAUGGUUGAACAAUUCAAACGAUCCAAUCAAUGGCAACGGCAAGAAGACUGAUCGCUCAUGGAAAGAGGCUAUAUCAAUUUGGCCUAGUGGUCAUUCUGAUGACCAGAUAAUGGAGAAGGCUGAAGCUAUCUAUGAGGAAUACAAAGAUGGUCCAUUUACGUUCAAGCAUUGUUGGAAAAUUCUACGUGAUGAACCAAAGUGGCAAAUGCAAAUGGCAGCUCUUAAAAAGAAUCGGGACAGUAGGACACUACUGCGGGAGAUGACGGGAGACGGCGAGCUCAAGCUGCUGGGCAUGUGGGCGAGCCCGUUCGUCACCAUAGCGAAGCUCGCGCUGCACAUCAAGGGCCUGAGCUACGAGUACGUCGAGGAGGAUCUCAGCAACAAGAGCGAGCUCCUCCUCAGCUCCAACCCCGUGCACAAGGUGGUGCCCGUGCUCAUCCACAACAGCAAGCCCGUCUGCAAGUCGUCGGUGAUCCUGCAGUACAUCGACGAGGCCUUCGCCGGCGCCGGCCCGUCCCUCCUCCCCGCCGACCCCUACGACCGCGCCGUCGCUCGCUUCUGGGCCGCCUACCUUGAAGACAAGCUGGUGACGCCAUGGAGGCAGCUGUUCAUGGCCAAGACCAACGAGGAGAGGGCCGAGGUGAUGAGGCAGACGAUCGCGGCGGCGGACGCGCUCGAGGGAGGCCUGAAGGAGUGCUCGGGGCACUACUACAGAAUAGGCCUUCGUUCCAGGCCAUUUGUCCUGGCAGCCUUUGGGCCCGGGACAAUAGGUGGCUUUUGUCCCGGGUCCAACAGCUAGCCGGGUCAGC